AAGUGUAUCUGGUGUUCAUUAAAAUCCUUAAUCGAACUUCAAUUUCAUCUUACUAGUCUUUUUACAUUCAGAACGAUAUCAAAGUGAAUUUUCCUUAGUUAUCUUUCUGCUAUUCGUGGAAAAUUGUUGUGAUUGUUAUAUUCGUCAAGUAUAUAAUAAUAUUUAUAUAUUCAGUUUAUCGUUUUCAUUAAUUUCCAUAAUAUGUCAAAAGUGAAGUAUACUGUACGUCAUAAAAUAACAAGAUAUUUUUAUUUAUUUAUAUAUUUUCAUAAACAUUACCAGUUACUUAAAAUAAUUGAAGCGUUUGGGAGUAAAAAAUAGUUAAGCCUCAAUUCAGUCUCAAACACUAAAGGUGUUAGUAUGUCUUCUUUUCCCAAUCUAAUAUAUGGAUAAUGUUUCUUUCAAUAUAAGAUAUAGUUGAACAAAUUAUGUUAAACCAAUUUUCUUACGUCGACGUAUAAUUAUCCGUAAUUAUGUAAAUCAGUUGAUCACAAUAUAAAAUCUAAAAUUGUGCAAAAUAAAUGGACUUUAAAGGAAAAAAUUAAUAGUAAGAAAAGGACAAUAUAAAAUAUCAAUUCAAUAAACAGACGAUGUCAUUGGAUAGUAUGUAUACAGAAGUGUUCUGAUUGGCUAACAACACGAUGGCUCAUUCAUCCUUACUCCGUGAAAAUAGCGUUCAGUGUAUCAGCUGCCGGAGUUCAACUCGGAUGUUUUGGCAGCUGAUUUUAUUCUUGCUUACGUUGAUGGCAAAAAUAUUUUGAAGUUUUAACUGUUCAUAUUAUUUUGAGAAUCGUUUAGUAUCGUGACUGUAAAUUUCGCUAGUUACUAUCGACAGUAAGUUAAGGUACAAAAUAUAUAAAGUAAGUGGAUAUAUUAGUAUUUCAAUUAUUUAAUAAAUCAGAAGAUUCACAAUGGAUUCCGAAGAAGAAACAUACGAUGAUGUUGAUUCUGGUAAUGAGUCUAGCGGAGAUGAUGUUGAUUUUGCGAUGGAAAUUGAGGCUGGAAAUCUAAGAGAACGGGCUACGGAUGUUGACGAUUAUCCAUUUGAAGUCUUGUCAACAGAGGAAAUAGUGCAACACAUGGUUGAUUCUAUUAAGGAAGUUAACACAGUUGUAGAAAUACCAGCCACAACUACACGUAUUUUAUUAAAUCAUUUUAAAUGGGAUAAAGAAAAAUUAAUGGAGCGUUUUUAUGAUGGUGAUCAGGAAAAGUUGUUUGCAGAAGCACGAGUCGUUAAUCCAUUUAGAAAGGGUCCAUUAAUAAAUAGAACUCAAUCUUCUCAAAAUUCACUAACCAGAAGAACUUCAACAAAUGGUACAGAAGAAUGUGGAAUUUGUUUUACUGUUCAACCAUCUGCAAUGAUGACUGGACUCGAAUGUGGACAUCGCUUUUGUACUGGCUGUUGGGGAGAGUAUCUCACAACCAAAAUUAUGGAAGAAGGAGUUGGCCAAACGAUUGCAUGUGCAGCACAUGCUUGUGACAUUUUAGUUGAUGAUGCCAGUGUUAUGCGUCUUAUAAAAGACUCAAAAGUGAAAUUGAAAUAUCAACAUUUAAUAACAAAUAGUUUUGUUGAAUGCAAUAGGUUAUUAAGGUGGUGUCCAUCUCCAGACUGUAAUAAUGCAAUAAAAGUGCAGUAUGUAGAAGCAAGACCAGUAACUUGUAAAUGUGGACAUACAUUCUGUUUCCAUUGUGGUGAAAAUUGGCAUGAUCCAGUAAAAUGCCAUUUGUUGCGGAAAUGGAUAAAGAAGUGUGAUGAUGAUUCUGAAACGUCAAAUUGGAUUGCAGCAAACACAAAAGAAUGCCCAAAAUGUAACGUCACUAUCGAAAAAGAUGGUGGAUGCAAUCAUAUGGUAUGCAAAAAUCAAAAUUGUAAAACUGACUUUUGUUGGGUGUGUCUUGGACCAUGGGAACCACAUGGUUCAAGCUGGUAUAAUUGUAACCGUUAUGAUGAGGAAGAAGCUAAAGCAGCACGAGAUGCUCAAGAAAAAUCGCGAUCUGCAUUACAAAGAUAUCUAUUCUAUUGUAAUAGAUAUAUAAAUCACAUGCAAUCAUUGAAAUUUGAAAGUAAACUAUAUGCAAGUGUAAAAGAAAAAAUGGAAGAAAUGCAGCAACAUAACAUGUCAUGGAUUGAGGUACAAUUUUUAAAGAAAGCAGUAGACAUUUUGUGUUCCUGUAGACAGACUCUUAUGUAUACUUAUGUUUUUGCUUAUUACGUGCGAAAAAAUAACCAAUCUGUGAUUUUUGAAGACAACCAAAAGGAUCUAGAGGGCACUACAGAACGCCUCUCUGAAUACCUCGAACGAGAUAUUACAAGUGAAAAUCUUGCUGAUAUUAAACAAAAGGUUCAAGACAAAUAUAGAUAUUGCGAUAGCCGGAGGAAAGUGCUUUUGGAACAUGUACAUGAAGGUUAUGAAAAAGAUUGGUGGGACUAUGUCGAAUAGAGACCUGAACCAACUUUGUUUUUUGGGCAUACGAGACAAGAUUUCACUGUUGACACUUUUGCCCCAGCUGUGAUAAAUCAAGAAAGCUGACAGAAAACAAAAAUAGAGCAUGUCAUCAAGUGAUUUACAUGUUACAUAUACUUUAAACGUAAUAUGAUCUGUGGCAACACAUAUAUCGUUAUGAAUUUUUGAAUUUAUUAAAAUUGAAUCCUAUUACCAUCAGGCUAAUUGUAAAAUACUUUCGCAUUAAUUAACGAUGCUAAUUUGCGCUUGCUGUGUGCUGUUUAUCGUUACAUAUUUCAAUCCCUCAUAAACAUGCCUUGCAAUAAUAUUUUCAAGUCUCAAAUGAAUUUUAUAUAUUAAAUAUGUCGAAUGAUAAAUGAUGAUAUAAAAGAAAUCGAAGUGUGUUGCUGUAUUGAAAAAAAAAGGAUUAUCGAAAAAUUUGCUUAAUAUAUUUUAAUGCCAUAGUAUAAUACAUUGUGUAUCCCUUUUCAUACUACUAUAAGAUUCUCCGGAAAGGUGUUAUUUGAUCCAUGGAUAAAAACUUUUCGAGAAUGCUUUGAAUAGUACAUGAAAAGGCUAAUAUAGAACUAGACUACCCUGA